AUGUCAAACAACACCGAUAAAGAUCAAUCAUCUCAGAAAACUCCACUAGUGAAAGUAACAGAUUCAAAACAACUAACAACAAUAUACAAAAAGAAUGGAACAUUUGAUAAUCAAAGAAAAGAAUUAUUGGAAAAUUUUAAAUCAUCAGAAACUUACAAUAAUUUACUACUAAAAUUACAAAUAAUGAUUGAAUCCAAAAUUAAAAAUGAUCCACUGAUUUUAAUGAAAAAUAAAGGUAAAAUGGCAGCAUUAAUACAGGGAGAGAUUAUACAAAAUACAGGUAAAGAUUCAAAUAUUUUAAAUAUUGUAGAUAAAGAUAUUCAAGAUAAAAUUAUUGAUUCUUCCUCAUUUCAUGAAAUUUUAAAGGAUGAAUUAAUGGAUAUACAACGUAAAAUAAUGGGGAUAAAUGAUGAAGAGUUUAAUAAAAUUAAAUUAGAUAUUAGGUUGAAGAAAGAACAAGAUGAAAAAGAGAAGAAAAUGAAGAGAUUGAAGUUGGAACAAGAACGAAAAGAUUUGGAAUAUAGGACUAAUUUUGUUAAAAAUUUGAAUAAUAUCAAUAGUGCUAAGAGCAGAGUUAAUAAGAAAGAUGAUAAAAAGGAAUCUACGGGAAAGAAGAAAAAAUUAAUGUAUUAA